AUUUCAGGUUCACCACAACCAGAUUCUCACCUUCCAACAUCGAACACUCACCACUUCGAGACUGAAGUAACCUCGUUAACCAAAGAUUAUUUUGAGAACUCAGUGGUUGCCAACACUAGUACUAGUUCAGUGGAUUCUGGCACCAGCUCUCCUCAGCAGGGGCACUUCGUGGUGGUGGCAAUUGACUUCGGGACAACUUACAGUGGUUAUGCCUUCAGUUUCAUCCGGGACCCUACGAAUAUCCAUAUGAUGAGGAAAUGGGAAGGUGGCGAUCCUGGCGUUCCUAAUCAGAAAACUCCGACAACGUUACUUUUGACACCUAGCGGCGAGUUUCAUUCAUUCGGCUUCACCGCGAGGGACUUCUACCAUGACUUGGAUGGAGAAGAAUCUAAAAGGUGGUUAUACUUCGAAAAGUUCAAAAUGACCCUUCACAAUAAUGAGAAUUUAAGUCGAGAUACACCCAUAAAAGCAGCUAAUGGGAAAACUCUACCAGCAGUACGUGUUUUUGCCCACGCUCUUCAAUAUUUCAAAACUCACGCCCUGCAGGAGCUUAGUGACCAGACAGCUACGGACAUAGUAAACGAGGAUAUCCGUUGGGUGGUUACUGUCCCCGCCAUCUGGAGGCAGCCAGCGAAACAAUUCAUGCGUACGGCAGCGUAUGAGGCCGGUAUAGGAUCUGCAGAUAAUCCAGAUCAGUUACUGAUAGCACUGGAGCCAGAAGCAGCAUCUAUCUACUGUCGAAAGCUCCGGAUGCACCAACUUGUUCCAGAAGCUCCUUCUCCACGGCGUCUUUCCAUGAGACAGGAGGAGCCAGUUGAAAUAAUAAGUGAUCCAGCCGUGAUCGAAUGUGCAGAUCCCAAGACCCAUAUAAUCCCAGAUGCCCCUAGAAAUUCCUUUUGUGGAAACCCAGCAACAUGCACGAGGUACAUGGUGGUGGACUGUGGUGGAGGAACAGUGGACAUCACCGUUCACGAGCUCAUGAAUCAACAGGGGUCAUUGAAAGAACUAUUCAAGGCUACAGGUGGCCCCUACGGUUCUGUAGGGGUAGACCAAGAAUUCGAGAAUCUUUUAAAUAGCAUUUUUGGUGCAGAUUUCAUUGAACAGUACAAGUUGAAACGUCCGGCAGGCUAUGUCGACCUGAUGAUCGCUUUCGAAGCCAGAAAGAGAAACGCUAGUCCCUUUAAAAAUAAUCCGCUCAACAUAUCGUUACCAUUUUCCUUCAUCGAUUACUAUAAGAAGUGCAAGAACAACUCAGUUGAAUCAGCUAUUAAGAAAUAUGGUCAGAAAAACGUCAAGUGGUCAUCUCAGGGCAUGCUUCGUUUAGAGCCGUCUGCCAUGUUUAGUCUCUUUCAGACCACCGUCCACAUGAUAAAGCAGCACAUUGCUAACAUCCUAAACAACACAACAGUUGGUAGAAUUGACUAUAUCUUCCUCGUCGGUGGCUUUGCCGAAUCUCAGUUUGUCCAAAAAGAAAUCAGAGACGCUUUUUCCCCCUAUCUGAAAGUCGUCAUUCCUCAAGGGGUCAGUCUAGCUAUCGUAAAGGGGGCGGUUUUAUUCGGUCUGGACCCCACCAUUGUUAACGUUAGACGCUCAAGGAUGACUUAUGGUGUAGGAGUCCUUAAUCGCUUUAUUCAUGGUGUCCAUCCUCCUGAGAAACUAAUUGUCAAAGAUGGCGUGGAAUGGUGUACUGACGUCUUCGACAAAUUUGUCGUUUCUGACCAGUCCGUGGGACUAGGAGACAUCGUUCUGAGAAGUUACACUCCAGCAAAGGCUGGUCAAGCUUGUAGCAUCAUUCACAUUUAUUGCAGCGAACUGGACGACGUCCACUUUAUUACAGACCCAGGAGUCAUGAGAUGUGGUUCUUUGACGCUGGAUUUAUCCGAUUCCAAGUAUCUUUCGAAUGUUCCUCGUCGUCGAGAAAUUCAGACAAGAAUGGUUUUUGGUGAUACAGAAAUCAAAGUCACAGCUCUGGAUGUAGUCACAGGCACGUGUGUGAAAGCGGACAUUGAUUUUCUUAACAACUGAAAGUAUCAUCUCUGAACACAACAGAUAAUGAACAAGGAUGUAAAAACUUUAUGUUUAAAGACUCAUAUUUAUCGCAUAUAAUAGGUUUUGCGAUUAGUAGACCUUCAACAAUGAUGUGUUAAAUGGUUAAUUGUUUUGUUUACGAAUAUUAUUCAUGUAAAACUCCUGUACUGCACGUGGAUAGAAAUAAUUUUGUUAUUUUUAACACAACCUGUGCAAUUGAGCCUCACUUGGCGAAACCAAUUUCAAACCUAGUGUUUGUCACCCCGUUUAUUAUUACGAGUUUCGUUUCUUGCAUUUGAUUCAUAUAUUCACGGAUUAAAGAAUCGAAAUGGUUAUACUUUAUAGAGCUAAAGUUUCAUGUUUUUUGUAAGAUCAACGUGUAGUGUUCCACUAAGAAAACAGUUAGUAUAAGUCAGCAGGUAAAGCUGACACUGUUAUACAAUGAUAAACGUGCCAAAGAAAUAUAUUGUAUUUUAAACACGUAGUGCUAUAUCUAUGUUAUGUGGCGGAUUGUUUUCCCAUUAAGUGAAACGACAUUGUAGUUUAUCUAGUGGAUUGUAUUAGGAACUACUUUUUUCAAUGAUCUAUUUCGAGUCGGUUUCAACCAACUUGUAAAUAGAAAUAUAAAUGUUAAUUACUUGAGAGUAGUUUAACGGAACGCAUAUAUAUAUAUAUAUAUCUUCUAUUUUUCCAGUCAUUAUGUGAAGUUUUUUAUGAAAUUCUUAUGAGACUUUAACAGUAUUGUAUCAAAUUCACUACAGACAUUCGACAACUACCACAGGAAUGUGAUUAUACUGUUACUACAGUAGGUUUUUGUACUCUUUCCUAAAACAUUGUAACAUUCACCAUUUUAUGUCUGUUGACCCCACUGACUUGAAAUUAGUGUAAAAAAUAUUUUAAAUAUUUCAGUGAGAUACUACUCGAAUUCUAACCCUAGCAUCGACUUUAGUCAUUGACCCUGCCACUCCUCUUUUGUUUGUUAACCCUAUCACUG